AGAGAGUGUGAGGGGGCACCGAGGUCAAAGGAUCUGGGAUUCCACAAUUUCACAAAACUUUCGCAAACAGCGUUUUGUCUCAACCCCCCCUCGUUGUUGUCCUGGACACUGAAUUUGCAUAAAUCCUGGGAAGUUAUUACUAAGCCUUAGUGGCAGGUAUUUCCUCCCGGGCCUCCAUGGGCUGAGGUAUAAAGAUCCUCAGAGCUGGUCCCGGACAGAGCCCGAGCCUGCAGCCCCAGCCAGACUCUGCUGACCCGCUGCACAGAGCCCAUGAAGCUGAUGGCCCUCCAGCUGCUCCUCUGGCACAGUGCACUUUGGACGGUGCACGAAGCGACUCCCCUGGGCCCUGCCCACUACCUGCCCGAGACUUUCCUGCUCAAGUGCUUAGAGCAAGUGAGGAAGAUCCAGGCGGAUGUCCUGGUCCUGCAGGAAAGGCUGUGUGCCACCCACCAGCUGUGCCACCCUGAGGAGCUGGUGCUGUUCAGGCACUCUCUGAGCAUCCCCCAGGUGCCCCUGGGCAGUUGCUCCAGCCAGGCCCUGCAGCUGACAGGCUGCCUGGGGCAGCUCCACAGUGGCCUCCUCUUCUACCAGGGCCUCCUGCAGGCCCUGGCAGGAGGCCCCCCCGGGGUGGGCCCCACCUUGGACGUGCUGCAGCUGGACAUCAACGACUUUGCCACCAACAUCCGGCAGCAGAUGCAAGAGCUGGGGAUGGCCCCCGGAGUGCCGGCCGCCCAGGGCACCAUGCCCACCUUCACCUUCACCUUCACCUCGGCCUUCCAGCGCCGGGCAGGGGCCUUCCUGGUGGCCUCCAACCUGCAGGGCUUCCUGGAGCUGGCGCUCCGCGUCCUGCGCUACCUCUCCUCGGAGCCCUGAGCGGACCCCCCCCCCCUCCAAUGUAUUUAUCGCUAUUUAUUAUUUAUUUAAACCUAAUAUUUAAAGACAGGGAAGAGCGGAACGGAGUCUCCGAUUCCUGGGCCCUUCCCUCCACCUCCAAAUGUCGUUCUGUCUGUGGCAGAGAGAAAACUCCUGACCUCCUGUCCCCUGGACUGGGAGGUCGCUAGGUAAAUACCAAGUAUUAACUCCGAUGACUGGGGUGGGCACCGACCCCCCGACCCCGAGGGCACCCCACCUCGGGGCCCCUGGAAGCAUCAGCAGCUCUCCCGCGUGGGAGACAAGACAGCCUGUUUAAUAUUUAAACAGCCGUGUUCGCAGCUGGGUCCUCAUCCCUCCCUCGCUCCGGCUGCAGCGUGGCGUGUGAGCGCCAGGCCUUCUCCCCCUCCCGGCCCCUCCCCACGGGCCUGAAGCCCAGCGGAGGCGGCCUGAGCUUGGAGGCUUGGCCCUGCGGUCCCACAAGUUUGUUGGGUAAUCUAACUUUUCUUAAGACUUCGGGGGGCAUGUUGUCAUGCCCGUGGGGUGUCUCUUGUUUUUUCUGGACGCCCUGGAGAGACCCCCGUAGGCCUGGGACACCACCCCCACCGGGGCCAGUGCAGAUGGUGGUGCACCUGCCUGGCUGCGUGGGGAUGGCAACGUGGGCGGGAAAAGAGGAGGGGGAUUAUGGGAUGGGUGAGAGGGAAGCUCAACUGUUCACUCUCAGCCUCUACUUGCUUCUUGUAGCCAGACUUCAUGUUAAUAAAGUGUUUGUCUCUA